CGUGGGAUAGGUUUCUGUUUGUGUGGCAAUUUCGUUUGCGAUUUAUUUUCUUGCCUCUCUCUCUUUCCUUCUCUCUCUCCAUUUCCCCUCUUUCGAUCCCUUCUUCUUCUCGAUCGAAAUUAGGGUUUACGCACCACCACCUCCAUCACCUUCUUCAUCCAGAUUCGCUCGAUUUCCAGAUCCACGAAGCUUCUGCUUCUGCUUCUUCCACCUUCCCCUUUCUUCUUCAACUUCUCCUUCUUCUUCCAACCACAUGUUUUGGAAGCUCGCUUCUAUUUCGGCUUCUUCGCCUGUGGAAGCAAUAUUAGAUAGGGAGAAUUUCACUUUAGAAGAGCUUCUGGAUGAAGAAGAAGUAAUCCAAGAAUGCAAGGCCCUAAACAGUCGUCUCAUCAACUUUCUGAGAGAUCCAGUUCAGGUUGAACAAUUAUUGCGCUAUAUUAUUGAAGAACCACCAGAAGAUGCUGAAAGUAAACGGGCCUUCAAGUUUCCAUUUAUUGCUUGUGAGAUUUUCACAUGUGAAAUUGAUGUCAUUUUGAAGACCUUGGUGGAUGAAGAGGAGCUGAUGAACUUAUUAUUCUCCUAUUUGGAGCCUGAUCGUUCACACAGUGCCUUGCUGGCUGGCUACUUUAGCAAGGUUGUUGUUUGCCUCAUGAUUCGAAAGACCGUACCGCUUAUGAAUUAUGUUCAAGCCCAUCAGAAUGUUUUUCGUCAACUGGUUGAUUUGAUAGGAAUUACAUCCAUUAUGGAGGUUUUGGUUCGACUAGUAGGUGCUGAUGACCAUGUGUAUCCCAAUUUUAUAGAUGUGAUGCAAUGGUUGGCUGAAAGCAACCUGCUUGAGAUGAUUGUUGAUAAAUUAAGUCCAUCAUGUGCUCCUGAAGUUCAUGCCAAUGCAGCUGAAACAUUAUGUACAAUAACUCGUAAUGCCUCAUCUACCCUAGCAAUUAAACUUUCAAGCCCCAGUUUUGUUGCCCAAAUUUUGGGUCAUGCAUUGGAAGAUUCACAAUCGAAGUCCAGCCUUGUAAACUCACUUUCAGUGUGUAUUUCUUUGCUGGAUCCGAAAAGAUCUGCUAUAUCAUCUCCCCUAUUUCAUUCAUUCCGAAGUCAACACAUGUAUGAGCCACCAAUUCCUGUAAACCCAGAUACUAUUGGUGCAAUGCUCCCCAAACUUAGUGAAUUGCUAAUGCUAUUGAAUGUAUCAUCUGAUGAAAAACUAUUGCCUACAACAUAUGGAGAAUUGAGACCUCCACUUGGGAAGCAUAGAUUGAAGAUUGUCGAGUUCAUUGCGGUUCUUUUAAAAACUGGAAAUGAAGCAGCAGAAAAAGAAAUGGUGGACUCAGGAACCAUUCAACGAGUUAUUAAUCUUUUCUUUGAGUAUCCAUACAAUAAUUCAUUACACCAUCAUGUAGAAAGUAUAAUAUUAUCGUGCCUGGAGAGCAAAACUGAUGCUAUUGUUAAUCAUCUUCUUCGAGACUGCGAUUUAAUUGGAAGAAUUCUCCAAGCAGAUAAACAAUCUAGUCUCUCUCCUGACAGAGAUCUGCCAACAGUACCUGCUGCUGGGAAAAAGGCACCACGGGCAGGAAACAUUGGGCAUAUUACCCGAAUUUCUAACAAACUUGUUCACUUGGCAUAUAAUCGCAGUCACAUACUGACAUGUCUUCAGGAAAAUAAUGAGUGGAAUGAGUGGCAAACUACAACUCUUCAGGAGCGUAAUGUGGUUGAGAAUGUUCACCGUUGGGCUUGCGGACGUCCGACUGCUUUACAAGAUAGGAUGAGGGACAGUGAUGAUGAUGACCUUCAUGACAGGGACUAUGAUGUUGCAGCUUUAGCCAAUAAUUUGAGUCAGGCUUUUAGAUAUAAAAUUUAUGGGAAUGAGGAUAACGAAGAGGAACGUGGCAGCCUUGAUCGAGAUGAUGAGGAUGUCUACUUUGAUGACGACUCUGCUCAAGUUGUCAUAUCAUCUCUAAGACUUAGUGAUGAUCAAGGGAGUAGUCUGUUUACAAACUCCAACUGGUUUGCAUUCCAAGACGGCAGAGUUGGUGAUGCAGCUGGGGGCACAACAUCAUCAGAGAUGAUGGAUGAGAUAAACUUGAACGGUGCUGCAAAUAGUGGUAGCAGUAGUGAUGAUGAGGUAGUGGUUGGAGAGGAUGAAGAACUGGAUGAAAGCAAAAAUACUCUGAACGGUACAUCUAGCUCGAACACAGACUUUAUCAGUGGAUCAACAGACAGCAAUUCCAUGAAUGGAGGCGCUAUGAACUUUGAAAGCGAAAACACAAGUGCUUCACAUGAUACUGGAUUCUUCAGGUUUGAGGCAUCAGACAAGGAAGGGUCGUAUGGUGAUAGACCCAUGCCUGAUUGGGUGGGAUGGGGGGAACCUUCAGAUAUGCAAGUUGGUAACUCAAGCACGAAUCCCUUUGUAGAUCAUGAUGAGUCUGGAAAUAACCUUUCUAGUAAACCUGAAUUAGGUAGCCCUAAUCCUAGUUCUCCUUCAAACGGGGAAACUGUUUCUUCAAAUGGGUUGCCAUCUACUAUAGAUUCCAUGGAGGGGAUUGUGGAGUCAAGUCAAAGAUCAGGAGCAGUACCCUCGCUGUUUGAGGAGGAUGUUGAAUUUGUAGGUGUAGAAUUAGAAGGCACUGAGAAGGCUAUGGAUCAGGCUCUGAAAGAAGGGAUAGUUGGGGAAGCAGGACCAUUGAAAAGAAACAUGGUCCCUAAAGUGGCAGAAAAGGAAAAUUCCGAAGAGGGCGGUGCCGGAGUGAAGGAAUUCAAUGAUACUAACUACUGGAGGGUUGACCAAGAGGUUGCUGUUCUAGAGUGAUGGACAUGAAGGUAAAUCUUGCUUCCUGUUUGGAUGAAAAGUUGAACAACACCAGCGCACCACAUUCUUGGCACGCGGAGGCGUCUGAAGCAGAUCAAUGUACAGUAUAUUUUUGUUUCCAUUAUGUCCUUUUUCUGAUAUUCACGCAUAUUGAUAUUAAGCUUGUUUAUUAUCUUUAAGUUUUGUCUCUCUUCCUGUAAGUCAUUUAUGGGUUUUCCCACAUUUAACGAAUUUAAUCAGCUCUUCGUUUUGGGUUCAUUUCGACAUUGAUGCUAAUUUCCAUCAUGUGAGGGGUCACUGAAUGCUCCCUAGAGGGCUUUAUUUCUACAUUCGUUGAGGUUAUACAAACAUUUAGUGUGCUUCUAAAGUUUAAGGAUCUUCUCAUAACACAUGAUAUUAUCACAUGAUACUUUGUGUCUA